AUGGACGAUUCUGCUAAAGAUCAAUCCUCUGUUUCUGCAAAGGCUAAGCAAUCAUCAUCAGCAAAGCUUCUGCGGUAUCCGUUGCGAUCGACCUCUAAAUCGAAGGAGGAGAAGUUGCCUCUGACUGAUUCCUCCAACUCUUCUGCUUCUGCGAGGGUAAGACCUGCAUCAAGUGUCAGUAAGAGUGUUGCUGCUCUUCCCCUCUCUGGGAAGGAAAAAUCAGCGAAGCCUCCAAGAAGGCUGUCUGUUCCCUCCAAGUCAAUUGCCAGCCCUGCUUCUAGACCACUUGGCAUUAUAACCAAGGAACCAAAGAAAAUAGGGAAACCCAUUUCCGAGACUAGAGCAAAGAGAUCUCCUAGUAACCAAGGAAAAUCGGAUACACCACAAUCAAAUGUUUCAAAUUCCUCAAAUAGAAAGAAAUAUGACCUUAUAUCCUCAGCUUCCUAUUGGUUAUCACAGAUUAAGCUUUCUGAAUCUACUGCUAAGCAUUCAAUUUCCCUGGGCUUUUUCAAACUUGCUUUGGAGGCUGGCUCUGAGCCUCUUCAGCGUCUGAGAGAUGAGCUGAAAUCUUAUGUGCAACGGCAUACCCUUGUUGAACUUGAGGAGCCUGUGAAACAAUUGUUUGAUAGCUAUAACAUCCUCCAAAAUUCUGAGCAGUUGCAAGUUUCCGAGACUUGUUCUCAUGUGCCUAAAGAUGGGUCAGGUUCAUCUGAUAGUGAUGUUCAUAGCUCUUCUUCUGUCGCGAACACUGAGAGACUGCAAACCAAAGUCUUGAACAAAGACUCUACUAAAGCUGCACAAGUGAAAGAACCAACCAAGCAGAAGCCUUCAAAGAUUGGAAGCACUCCUAGGACCCGGAAUUCUGUAAACAAAAUUGCUGCAGCUGCGAAAUCUAUAUCACCCAAAACUGGAGGUCGUACCACAAAAGAGAAACUUGAAAAACCUGUUAAGCCAGAACCAAAUAAGGAUAAGGUGAAAAGACAGGGAAAGAUAUCUGCUCAAGGAGAAGUGCCUGUCGAUGCCUGCAUUUCAGAGAAAGUCCUCGAAGAAGAUAAAGAAAAUCUGGAUGCUCCACAAACAGAAGUGAUUAGCACCUAAAGUUUUUGGCAGGAAGCUUUUCUUUUUAAAAUCAUAUCAGAGGCCAAGGUGGAAGUAUUUGAAUCUGGAGUGUGCAUUCCAAUAUUGGAUUUGGUGUGUUUCAUUUGUUUAUUCUUAAUUUUUAAAAGAAAAAUUACCGAACCAUCAUACAGUUGUGUCUAGUCUGUUCGUAUUGGAAUUCAUGCAAGACGUACAGUGUGUUCUUGUUUACUCAACGGCUUCUAUGCUCUUGCAGUUGAAUAUUACUUGGAAGUAAUUAUACCUGCGGUAUAUACAUUGUGAUAUUAUCAUCUGGAUUACAGUAUAUUGAAUGAGCUUUUGAUUUAAGA